AUGUAUUAAAAAAUUGUAGGAUUCAUACAAGUUGCUGACAUGUUUGGAGCUGAUAUAACAUUGAAUAUUUAAAAUAAAGGAAAGUAUACUUCAUUUUUUGGAGGUUUCAUGAGUUUGGUUGUAUGGAUUGCCAUGCUUUAUGUUUUUAUUUCAUAAGGAGUAGAUUUAAUCAAUAGAGUAGAUCAAUAAGUAAGACUGUGUUUAAGAAUAAGGCUAUCACUAGAACAAUAAAUGAUAUCAGUCCAAAUGCUAGAGUUCUCAAUAUCUCUAAUUUUAUGAUAGGUAUUAAGUUAGAUGAUCCUUUAUAAACUUUAUUGAAUACAACAAAUUAGACAAUGUUUAACAUUACUAUAUAUUAGAAUCAUUACACUACAUUUCCAAAUAAAACAAGAAUUAAAACUGUUAAUGGAAGUCUAACUCUUGAAUAAUGCACAAGUGAACAUUUUUCAUCCUUAAAUUUGAUAUCUGAUACUGAUGAAUUAGAGACUUUUACAUCUUAUUUUUGUUUACCUUUAAAUUAUUCUUUUGUUUUGGAAGGUACAUAUAAUUCUUAAAGUUUUUAAUACACUUAAAUUAAAGUUGCUCCUUGUAAAGAUUCUUCAUAAUGCUUUACAACUGAAUAAUUGAAUUUAUUAUCAGAAAGAUAAUCAUUUAAAUUAUCUACUUUAAUGUUUACAACCAUAAUAAAUCCAUUUUCUAAUGAUGAAAUUAUAUCUCAACAACUUUUUUAAGACUUUUAUCAAUAAACAAAAAAACUCUAAGAAUAAGUAUCUGAUAUAUUUUUAGAACCUAAUACUCUAAUGAUAGAUAAUUCAAUUUUUCCUUUUGAAGAUGAUACUUUUUUUGGAGAAUUCUGGUCAUUUCGUUUAGGAAAUAUAAGAAAUUUUGUUGUAAUUAAUAUCUAAUAAUAAAUUAGAAUGAUUAUGUUGAACCAACUAGUUAUUUUACAAUUAAUCUUAGAAUUUCUUCUGAAUAUUAUUCUUCUUUUAUAUCUUAUAACAAAUUUGGUGAUUUUAUUUCAUUUAUUGGAGGAACAUUGAAAGUGAUCACUAGUUUAAUUGGUAUUAUUGUAAUUAAGUAUAAUACAAUUGGAUUUAAAUUAAUGCUUGCUAAUUCUCUUUAUUCAUGUUAAAUAGAUGAUCAUUCUAGAUCUUAAAAAAGAGCAGAAUAAAAUGAUAUAUUUAAAUUUAUAUAAAAAGAAAAAGAAAAAGCAGAAGCUAUGUUACAAAGAUUUAGAGGGUCUACAAAGAAAUUAUUAUAAUUUAAUAAAGUUACAGGAAUUUUCAAAUCUUAAAGAUUUACUUAAAUAUAUAAAUCAGAUACAGAUUUGCUAAAAGAUGUUCAAUAGUCAUCUAAUGUUAAAGAAAUAGAUUCAGUAAAAUUAGAACCAACUAGUCAUGAACAUGGAUCUAUUGACCAUCUUAAAGAGGCUUUUAUAUAAAAUAUGGUUGAACAUUUACUUAUGGCUAAUUAGAAAAUUAAAUUAGGGUUGAAUUUUGUAAUUUAUUAUCUUUCUUGUUUCAGGCAUUUCGAAAGAUAUAAAAGAAUAUAUAUAGUCCUUCAAAAGUCAACAAUCAAUAUAAACAAUGAUCUAGAUAUUGUUCUUAUUUUGUAGAAACUUUAAGAAAUCAAUAAACUAAAAGGUUUAUUGCUAGAUUAACAUCAGUUGCAAAUUUUUAAUUAUAUCCCAUAACCAGUAAUUACAUGGCAUGGACUUUAAGUAAAAGACCCAUAAUUAUCAAAGGAUUCAAUAGACAAAGUAAAUGUAAUUGGCAAAGUGUCUAGAUAUGAUACUCGAAAUAAAAUGUUAAAAUUAUUUAGAGCCUACUAAGAAGUAAAGGUAGAAGAAAAUGAAAAAGAAAUAAAUUCUCGGCUUAUUUAAUAAUUGGGACCAGUUGUUUAAAAAGUGUUUCAAUAAUCUCAUUAAAUAGCAGAAGACUAUAACAAGAUGAAAUAAGAAGAAGAUAAUCAUAUCAAAACAAGUAAAAGACCUCCUUUAAAUACAAUGAAUGUUUCUUAACAUAAUUUAGCAAAGACAACAUCAGGUCCAAAUUACUUGUAAUCUAAAUCAGAUGAAAUUGAAAUGGAAGAUGUUGUUUUUGAAUGA